AUGGCAUUUAUCAUCACCGUAGCUAUUGUUAAAAUCGUCAUAACCAUCAUCACCACCGUCACCAUCGUCAUCACCAUCAUCAUCACAUUUGUCCUCACCACUAUCAUUAUCAUAACUCAGACGACAAAAUCUUGGCCCCAUUCCAAAAAGGUAGGAUCGUAUUUGAUUGGUUCCACAUUGGGGCAAGGGGCAUUUGCCAAAGUUAAAAUGGGUCUGCAUGUAUACACCGCCAAGAAAGUGGCCGUAAAGAUAAUAGACAAAAAAACUUGCAUUGAAAACUCUUACGCCUCCAAAAACAUGAAGAGGGAAGCUAAAAUAUGGAAGAAAAUAGACCACAGGAACGUGGUGAAGUUACUGGAUGUUCUUGAAACGAAUAACGGGUAUUACUUGAUCACCGAACUCUGCGGCGGUUCCGAUUUGAAGUCGGUAAUAAGUAGUCGAAUCUGCGGCUGUCUUGACGAAUCCGAGAGUUCAGUCUAUCUGUAUGAUAUCCUAUCUGCUGUAUCUUAUAUGCAUGGAUUAGGCAUCAUUCAUAGGGAUCUAAAAAUAGAUAACAUUUUGCUAGACGGUAGAGGGAAUGUGAAGCUAAUCGACUUUGGCCUGAGUUGUUUCGACAGCAGCCAAUCACAUUGCAGGACUUUUUGUGGAAGCCCUGCCUACGCAGCCCCAGAGCUUCUGGCCAAUCAGAGUUACGGGAAGAAGGUGGACGUGUGGAGUAUCGGCGUAAACAUGUACGUCAUGCUGACUGGCAAUCUUCCAUUUACUGUACAUCCUUUUUCCGUGAACAGCAUCUACGAAAAGAUGACGAAUCAGGGGAUGAAUGUCAUCGAAAUUAGCAUUAGUUCAGGUCAGUGGGACCUGCUGUUGAAGUUGUUAGCGGUCGACCCGGACAGGAGAGUGACAGCCGAUGAAGCUCUCCAACAUGAUUGGUUCUCGAAAAUAAGCCGGAAGUCACGUGAGCUCUUUCUAUUUUGUUGCGGAGAUCUUGAUUUAUGUAGUUUUUAUUCGUUGCUUAUAUGA